AUACAAAACAUAGGAAAUUGAUAUAAGUUCCACAAGCAAAAAGCUCACGUGCACGUGACUUGUGUGACCAUGAGAGGUGAGCUGUGUUCUACUGAGUUGUUGCUCUGGGUUACAGCUUCCCAUGGCAUCUGGACCCAGCAUGAAGAACCCCGUCUGUCUGGUGGAAAGACAGAACAGCCAGAUGACAGUAAAUCCAAAUGCACUGAAGUUUCUCGACCAGAUAUCUCAGCCUGUGGUGGUGGUGGCCAUAGCAGGGCCGUAUCAGACAGGAAAGUCCUACUUGAUGAACCGCCUGGUGGGACAGAACCAUGGUUUCUCUCUGGGCUCCACGGUGAGGUCUGAAACGAAGGGCAUCAGGAUGUGGUGUGUGCCCCACCCCUCCAAGGAGAGCCACACCCUGGUCCUUCUGGACACCGAGGGCCUGGGUGAUGUGGAAAAGGGUGACUCCAAGUGCUACUCGUGGACCUUCGCCCUGGCCGUGCUUCUGAGCAGCUGCUUUGUCUACAACAGCAUGAGCACCAUCAAUCACCAGGCCCUGGAGCAGCUGCACUAUGUGGCUGAACUCACAAAGCUGAUCAGGACAAAAUCCCCGUGCAGCUCUGACGAUGGAGAGGACUCGGCCGAUUUUGUGAGUUUCUUUCCAGACAUCGUGUGGACUUUGUGGGAUUUCAUGUUGGAGUUGGAGUUUGAUGGACGCCCCAUCACUGAAGAUGAGUACCUGGAGAAUGCCUUGAGGUUGAUACCAGGUAUCAGAGCAUGGCCAUGCUGCUGGGAGGGACUGGGGACGCUGUCGGUGACCUAUGUGGACACCAUCAACAGUGGGGCAGUUCCUUGUUUGGAGAACGCAGUGAUGACUCUGGCGGAGCGUGAGAACUCAGCGGCUGUGGAGAAGGCAGCCACCCACUACAGCAAGCAGAUGGCCCAGCGUGUGACCCUCCCCACGGACACACUGCAGGGGCUGCUGGAGGUGCAUGCAGCCUGCAAGAGGGAAGCCAUCACAGUCUUCAUGGAGCACUCCUUCAAGGAUGACAAGCGGGAGUUACAGAAGUUUGUGUGUCAGCCUGCUUCUUCCAAAGGACCGCAGUUGGACUUUCCCUCUAACAGCUUCUUUCUAUUGGAUUUCCCCACAUUUCCCUGGCAGGUCACCAUCCAGAAAAGGAAGGAAGAAUUCUUGGUGCAGAAUGAAGAGGCCUCUGUCAAAUACUGUCAGGCUGAACUUCAGAAGCUUUCAGAGCCCUUGAUGGAAGGUAUUAAGGAAGGAAUUUUCUUUGCUCCUGGAGGACACAAGCUCUAUUUAGAAACAAGGGAUGAACUGGAACAGGGCUAUAUGCUGGUGCCUGGGAAAGGGGUCAAGGGAAAUGAGGUCCUGCAGAGCUUCCUGCAGUCACAAGCAAAAGUGGAGGAAGCCAUCCUGCAGGCAGACAAAGCCCUCACUGACGGGGAGAAGGCUGUGGCAGUCAAACGUGCCAAGAAGCAGGCCGCUGAGAGAGAACAAGAAUUGCUAAAGGAGAAACAGAAUGAGGAAGAGCAAAAGCUGGAGAUGCAGGAGUGAAGCCUCAAGGAGAAUCUAGCGCAGCUGAAAGAGAAGAUGAAUAGGGGGAGAGAAGACCUUCUGAAGCAGCAAGAGAGGGUGAUGAAGCACAAGAUGAAGAUGCAAGAAGAACUACUGAGAGAUGGAUUUAAAGAGAAAUCUGAGGCAUUAACUAGUGAAAUAAAUAAACUAAAAGAAGGCAUUGAAACAACCAAAAAAAGUCACCCCUUCAAGAUGUCCAAGCUCCUGGAUGUGGCUAGCAUCACCUUAGUUGUAGUGCUACCUGGGUAUUUUAAACUAGUUGGUAUUGGGCUGAAAGUGUUCAGUGAGGUUCUUAAAAGGUCAGAGAACUCCUCUUAAGUAUAUUUUGGAAGAUUUCUUUUGUUUGAAUAGAGUAACAGUGUAGCUCAUUUAAAGAAACGUGUCACGGUAGUUUUGUUCAAGGAAAGUUUAAACAUAAAACAUGAUUACCAAAGAGAUACUGAUGUGAUUACAGGGCCUGAUGUCAAAAAGAACAAAAAAAAUGGAUUGAAUUAGUUAAUUUGAACAAAUAGAAAAGAAGUUGCAAGAUAAUGAUGAAUUAUAGAAAAGCUUUAAGAAAAGCAAAA